AUGACAGUGCAUACUAUGGAAAAAUUGAAAGAUAAGGGGUGGUAUGUAUAUAACAUGAUAUAUUUUUGUCAUUUGUGAACAUCGCUAAACGCAAAUAACUUUUUAUAAAUUUGGACGUAUAAAUAUUUAUCAAUGUUUGCAUCAGGUAUAUUACAGAUCAUGGAUACAGUACUGCAAGUGAUUCUGGAAAUGUCAGUGACAUACAAAAAAUUAUCAAGCGAUUGUUGGAUGUAAGAACGACUUCUUAUAUAACUUUCAAGAGAAAAAUGAUUAUUUAUAUGUUUUAAUUUUUUUUUAAUGUAUUGCAUAGCUUGAUUUGAGAGAAAUUGGCAAUGGCCAAGGAGAUAUAGUUCAGGGUAAUAUUGUAUUACAAAUACAAAAAAUACGUAAUGUAGCUGCUCCUAAAAACAAUGAAGAAUCUCGAGCAGCUCCGCGUUUAUUAAAAUUCUUCUUGACUGAUGGUAAAAAUAAUUUUCAAGCUAUAGAAGUUGAACACAUUUCAUUUUUAAGUUUAAAUACACCUCCUGGUACGAAAAUGCUAAUUAGUUGUGGAAAUGUUCCAAUGUCUCAUGGAAUUAUUUUGUUAAAACCAUCAAACAUAGCACAAGUUCUUGGAGGAAAAGUAACAAAUCUUGUAGAGAAAUGGGAAUUGAAUAAAAAAUUGGCACUGCAUACAAGAAUGAGAUCUGCUGAAGAAGGUGGCCCACCACCGUGGAUACCAUUUGGAAAAAAGAUUAUAAAAGUUUCUGAACAUGACAAAAACUUUAAAGCUUUAGCAGAGAAAGAAAAAUCUAGUAAAGAGAAUGCAGAAUUUGAAGCUCAGCGGAAGGAUGCUAUAGCAGAAGCUGCUAAACAAGGCAGUAAGAAAAUUUUUGGUGGAGGAAAUAAGCAGCUUCUAGAUCACAGUGUACAAAGAAUUGUAGAUCAAGGCUUUUCUAUAGAACAAGCAGAAUAUGCCUUAAAAGUUAAUCGAAAUAAUGUUGAUAAAGCCUUAAAAAGCUUACAAAAAACAGACAGCAAGCACAAUACGUUUAAAGAACCACGAGAAUCACGUGAACCACGAAAUAAACGAUUUGAUAAAAAAGUCGAAGAAGGUAAACCAAGUAGUGGAAAAAUAUCUCUUUUUGAUUUUCUUGAAGAUAAAUUGCCUUUACAAUCUGAAUCUACGGAACCGAGCAAUCCACCUCAGAAUAGUUAUACCCAAAAUACAGAAAAUAAUUUUGAUAAAAUGGAAUUUAAAAGCAACGAAUUACAAAGUGGAAAAAGUGGAAGAUCUCAAAAAGGAGGUCGUGGAUAUCAAAUUCCUCCAAGACAUUUAGAGGAAAGUAAGGGUAGCAAAAAAUCAAACUUCAAUAAUUCUAGUACUCAAUAUUUACAAUAUAACGGCGGAAAUCAUUCUCAACAAAAUAGACCACCGAGAUUUCAACGAAAUCAGGAUAAUUAUAAUUAUUCUCAGCAAGAUAAUUUACAUAAAACGUACCAGAAAUCUCAAGUAAAUGAUUCUCGAAAUUCCAAUAUACAAAUUCGUACAGAUGGAGCUAACAUUAUGAAUAGUAAUAAUUAUUACAAAGCUUCGCAAGAUCAACAAGGAAAACAUUUUGGUGCUGGCAGGAGUAAUAAUCACUAUGAGACCGAUGCCAGGAAUAGACAAAGUUAUGAUGCUUCUUACGGUAGGCAUAAUCGAGCACAAGAAGAUGGAACAUAUAGAGCUUAUCCUGCAAAUACAACUGAUAAAAAUUACAAAAACCAACUGAACAGAUUUCAACCAAAUGAGAAUUCUGGUAGCAAGGGGACUGUAGAACCCAACAGCCAAAGGAAUCAAAGCCACUAUAAUAACAAUCAAAAUACCAAUAUUCCUUCUGCUGGUAGUACUUGGGUAUGGCGUGUAGGUGAUAAAUGCUUAGCCAAAUACUGGGAAGAUAAUAGGUAUUAUAACGCGAAAGUAACUGGAGUAUCAGACAGAACUUGUGUUGUUCAAUUCAAAGGAUUUGAAAAUUACGAAGAAGUGCUUCAAGUGGAUUGCUUACCUAUAACAGAUGAUGUACGUAAAACAUAUAAUCAAGUAGUUCCAGAUUAUGUUAUGGAUCAAAAACAAUCAGAUCAACGAUUUAAUAAUAGGCAGCUGCGAUAUGACCAAACUCAAAAUCACAUAACUGGUAUGGAAUUUCGAAGAGGUGGAAGUGGCGUCGUUCCUGCAAAUAAAACUGCUUAUAACAAGAAACGUAAUCAGCAAAGAAGCACACAGCCCAUUUAUCAACCACCGGCGCAACGUUGUCAGAAUUCUAUGCCUACAAAUACUCAAAAUAAUUCCUUACUUUAA